AUGCUGCCACACAGCAUCGCGUCAGUGCCGCUGGAUGCACUGCAUCCAUACGAGGCACGGCAUGAGCGUGUCUAUGUUGUGCCGACCAUGUCUGAGACAGCGCAAGCACCUGCGCCGACGCCUGUCGAUGGCGCGUUGGCUGUCGCCUCGCAUGCAUGGGACGCAGCGACAUGCCAUGUAAGUGUGCUGGGUGAUCACGCUCUGGCAAUGGCGCGUGUUCUCACAUCGACAUUGGACGUAGAGCUGCGCUUGCUGGGGACGCCGAAACAAGAGCCCUCGCCUGUUCGGUUCACGUUCCCUGCGCCGAUUGUCGCCCAUGUAGGCUUGUGGGAAGAUGCGCUUUCAAGUGACUUGUACCUACUCGUUGUCACUGUCACGGGAUUUGUGUACCGCCUACGUAUCCCUGUGGCGUGUGUGCUGCGUGGGACGGCCCUCCCAUCCACCUGGGCGCUCGAACAUGCAGUGGAGCAUAUGAGCGAGAGUGUGGCGCCUACCGCUACGAGUGUACAUGUGAUUGAUGCUGGCCUGCUGCUCAUUUCGUGUGCGGAUGGUGCGCUGAUCCGUUUACAGCUAUGGCACGGCGCUGAGCAUGGUCCUCAUGGAGCGUGGCACGAAAGUGUGAUGCGUCCUUCGUCGUUCCUCUUGUCGCGUCUCUUCCGUGGGGGAGCUACGCCUGAUGGUGUGGCGCCUACACAGACGCUGUCCGUGGCAUGCCACAUUCGUGAUACGGACACCGCGUUGGUAUUCUGCGUGUGUCGUGAUCGCAAGGUUCGUGUGUGGAACUUGGCGACAGAUACCUUGGUCCGUACGUUGGAUCUCCCAAGUACGUCGCAAGCAGAAUCCACAUUCUUUGAGCAUGGAAGUACGCCGCUUGUCCAACUCUUGUAUCCAGAUGACAGCAUCUACUCUUUCUAUGUGGUGCUCUAUGUGCCUGACACCCAGGCGUGCUUGGCAGCCUAUGGUGUCGAAUUGGAAGAGAGUCGGAGCUGGUCCGGUGGUCUGGGUGAGAUGGCGCUGGUAUGGACGCGGCCCUGCGAUCCCAUGACCCAAGCGCCGGACGUAGAAUUGCGUGAUAUGGCGUUGGUCCGCCACCGUGAGACAUGGCGUGUAUGGCUGUUAUGGCAUGCAGCUGGCGCGCCCUUGCUCCAGACAACCAUCGUGAGUGGCUCGCCGACGUUGGAAGCUGGCGCAGCGCCGCUCGUGCUAGGUGAUACCGAAGAGCCAUGGCGUAGCAUUCAGCCAUGGUCGCCCUAUGCCCCACUGCAUGGCCCCGCGUUGGAUGCCGCCUUGGCUGAACAUACAGACGCCCCUGCGCCAUUUUUCCUCGCUCGGCUCUGUGAGCCGAUGCGAUUCAGUGCAACGACCCUGGCCGCUGCGUUGCGGGCGGAGGGUGUCGAAGUGGAAUCCACACCGACGCACCCGCGCCUCGCUGCAGCGAUGGCCUCGACGUUGGGCUCGCAUGUCGAUGCAUGGCUGCGCUUCACACGCCGUGUGGAACAGCUAGAUCGUGCGGCACGAUGGCCGCUGCAUUUGUACGUCCGUGGCGGUGUGCCAUGGAUCGUGACACGACACGCUUUGGGCGUGGCCGAGCCGACAGGCGCGGGUGCGUGGCUCGCGCAAGUGGCGCAGCGAUGGGCCGCUGCUGCGCCCUUCACGGACCGACCUAGCGCACAGUGGGCCGUAGAAGCGGCGCAGGCGGAAUAUGUACAGGUGCAGCGCUUGUGUGCGACGCAAGCGCCUGACGACGAGGCGUACGCCCUGCUGCAGACGCGGGGCCAGAGCCAUCCCAUGGCACUGCUGGACGUGGCCACAUGGGCGGCCGAGGCCGUGUAUACACUUGGCACACGUGCCGCACGCAAAAUCGAUGCCGCGCUGCAGCCGUCGUCGUCGUUGAGCGCACUAGCGGCGCUGCGUCUCCCCUCGGACCUGCUCGCGCGUUUGGCGGCCAUGGUCGAGCGCGAGGGCGCCGAUGUAUGGGUCUCUCAUGUCGCCCAGGCCGUGGCUGUGUACACGCAAGCCACCACCCCUACCGCCUGGCUUGCCGCGACUCAGGCCUACACGCUCCUUGCCUCGCUGCACGUCCGUUUGCAGGGGCUGCGUGGCCUCUUGGUGCUCUUAGCACACGUGACUCCCGUGCCAGCGCUCGCGAGUGUGCAAGCCCAAGCGUACGCGUCGUGGAAAGAGGCACGUGCGCGUUACGUGCUGGCGUCGACGUGGGAGGACCACGUCGGGACGCUGAGUGUCUUGCAUGCGGCGCUAGGCCGUGGUGUGGCACACGAUGCAAGUGUGCCUGUGCUGGCGCAUAGUGUGCUGGACGUGGCUCCGCAUGCGGUGCGCGCCUGCCUGGCCACCUGGGACGACGCUACAUCGACCUACCUGCGCAUGCGGGCGAACGCACAUACGGGACGUGCCAAGGCGGCGUACCAAGAAUGCGUGCGUUUGUCCGCUCGUAUGCAGGCCGGCGUGCAAGAACAUGCGUGGGACGUCGUGGUGCCGCCGGCGUGUCGUGCGAGUGCAACGCCCACAGCCCAGUUCUCGCUCUGGCGAUUCGCUGCGACGUGGCUCGAGUCGGAUGUAUACGUCUCGUAUCAAUGCUAUCAACAAGCGAUGCAUGCCUUGGAGCGCGGGGCGGACGUCCCAGAGGCGGAAGCACGCGAAGUAUGGACGAUGCUUUUCCGUGCCCAGCUCGCCCUGCAUUUGUACGAUGAAGCGAGCUCGACGAUCCUGGCGUUGCCGUGGGACGAUUUGCGUACGACCUGCCUCUCGUCCCUGGUCACGACCCUGUGCCAGUCCCACGAAGUUCGCACGCUCCUGCGCCUCGACCUAUUGGAAUGGCAGCCGCAUGUGGAGCGAACGCUGAGCUUCCAGGCGCGCCAUGCGACACCCUGGGCCGAGCCCUCGUAUUUCCAUAUCCUGUACGCCUACCACGUCUCACGAGGCGACUAUAAAAGCGCAGCGGCGUCCAUGUACCAGCACGCGCAUCGCAUCGGCGAACACAUGCACGACGCGCCCAAUGAAGCGGACAGUGCCCAGCACUGGCUCGUUACACAGGCCCAAAGUUACUUGGCUACGAUCAAUGCUCUGACGCUCUUGCCUCCCUCCCAAGCCUGGUUCGCGCAUGCUACGGACCAGGCGGGCGAAGAAGUACAUGCACAAGGCCCUCAUCGCGCACUGCGUGGCACCGUGACGAAGUUUAUCCCACUCACAGAGCAAAGUGCGCCGCUGGCCAUUGUGCAGCUGGACGACGUUCGUCAUGCAUACCAAGCCCUACUGACCCGCCUGUCCUUGAUGCGGACGUACCCAGAGCUGGCGCUGCCACAUACGCCGCUGCGUGCUGACGAUGCCAUGCAUUUGAUGCUGGCCAACGAUGAUGUGGACCAUGCAUUCACAACAGCUCGCCAGCUCUCUCUACCGAUGGACAGCCUGUUUGAUGCUCUGACUCAGACCAGUGUCCAGCUUCAACGAUCAUACCUUCGCCGCGUUGAGCGUGUACAGAAGAAAGAGAGUGAUCCAAGCUUGCAGACCCUUCGCCUCGAUGACGAAGAAGCAGCAGAUCCACAUGCGGCCUUCCUACGUCGCUCCCCGCGUGCUGCGCAUUGGGCCGGACCUGCGCAUGAACGCGCAUGGAAGUAUGUGCAUAUGCACUGGACCAUGACCACAGGCCAGGCGCACACGACGUAUGCCCGUGUGAUCGCAGAACGACUCCUCGCCAUGGAUGCAUGGAGUAUGGCGCCGAGCUGGCUCACCACCUUCUUCGAUACACAGGCGCCAGAUGUGUUGCUCCGUGUCAUGAUGCGCGCAGGGAAGCUAGAGCAGGCACUCGAGUACAGUGCCUCGUGUGUGCAACGAGCCACAGACGAAGCACGCACCUCGUCCUCCACGCAGGGCCUAGCGUUGCCAUACUCGCUGAUGGACAGCCUUCUGUACGCCGCAGAAUCGCAGCCGCAUCUUGAACAGGCCCGAGAGGCCUUGCAGGCUCGCCUCGCGAAGCGGAUGGAGGCGCUGCGUGCGCGGUCGCAGACGCGGCGUGCGUAG